CUCCCUCCUUACUCCCCCACGCCAUCCAGUGCUUGUCUCCCCCCCUCCUCCCCUCGUCUCCCUCGCUCCUCUCCCGGCUCGUCGGUCAAAUUGAGUCCCAGGCUUCUGGUGCUGAGAGCAGGGUUAGGACUCGAUAAUGGUAAAUCCCCAAAGAGAAGACUUUUCAGCAGCGCUGGACCCCCCAGGAAGAGACUGACUCUAGGGACCCAUCCAGAGGAGGAGACCGACACAGAGGGCAGUCUGUGGGAAGCCUCCAUGGAGUUCCUGGAGACCAACGAUGAUGAGCAUGAUGAAGAUGAUGAUGAGGAUGAUCAGGCCUUCCUCACGGCCCCAUCCUCUCCUGUCUCGUUGUCGGGUGGGUGUCGGCUGGGCCUGGCUCACGUUGCCAUGGAGACGCUGCCCCUACAGUACUGCCCGGCGACCAGGGAGGAACAGGCGGUUGCCGUGGAGAUGCAGACAGGAGAGUUCCAGAACCUUCAGUGUUGUAGAAGUCUAGAGAACUACAGCCCUUCAGUGAGCUACACCCAGACAGGACACUACACACUCACACUCAGAGCUCUAUCUGAUGGGGUGGUGGUAGAUGCAGUGUUCCUACCUGCUAGCUCCGCCUCCAGUGCCCCUUCAGGCCCCUCCCCUCCACAUGGCCCCUCCCACUCCGACCACUGGUUCACCAUCCUGACACACGGAGGCUUUUCACCACACACUCCACCACCUGCACCAGCGGACCUGAUCGCAACGGCCUCCCAGCUGGCCAAUCAGAGGCUGUUGUGUGUUCUGGAGGUGUGUCUUCUGGGAGGAGACAGAGUGGAGGUGGUACUGAGUAGAGCCUUCCCUCUGAAAGACUGACCUCUUCAUCAUGCGUCAUAUACAAAUCUAAUCUACUGUAUGUGGGAGUCAAUUAAUCUACUGUAUGUGGGAGUAAAUUUUGUUGACUAAAUGUUUGUCAUUAUUUGAUCACACACAGACCCUCUCUCUCUCUCACAAACACACACACACACACACACAUGACUGUGCAGUGUAAAGCCAGCUAUUGUAUAUUGUUUGAAACAGUGUUUUACAGGUGAAGGCUCCUGAGAUGGU